AUGCCCUCAGCGACUCGAUUCAUACCAAGUUACAACCAGCGAUUCUGUCUGCGGGACACAAAGAUCAAAAUCAUCGAGUAUUUGCACGAGACGAGAUAUAGUGGCCACCUGGCACAUUGCCUGUCCCAGGCGUGAAGCAAUACGUAGUCGGCACCGAGCGCGACCUAUGAACGCUAGCGCUUGUAUGCAAGCGACUCGGCCAACAACGAGAAUUGCUACUACGAAGUCAUUGACGCCUCAGCACCAAGCUGCCACUAUAUCGAUGCCGACUUUACGCCCCCUUCCAUUGACAAUUCAGCAGAAAAGGCAUUGAUUACGCGUAAUGCAGCGUCGUAUUUCCCUGGCCCUCAGCUAGAACACCGUGGUCAGCUAGCAAGCUCGGACACCUUGCGAUCUUGCGUCUGCAGGUCAGAAGUGGUGAACUACCUUGUUCCCUGCUUCUGUUUUAUAUCUAUUGUUCCAGCGCCAACGAAUAAUCUCGGCUCUCCUUCUCACCGUGGGCACGCCGUUUGAAGAACCCUACGCGAAGCGUGUUAUUACGGACAUUCUCGACAAGGUUCUGCUGUCACUUCGCCGGCGUCUCGGGGGGUCCGAAGGGGUAGUCGAAGAAAUUUGGGUGCUUUGCUGUUGGUCACCCCCCAAGCUCUGGGACGAGCUUAACUGCAGUUUGACAUUAGGUAGGAUGAGUGAGUGCUUUAUUUGA